UAAAAAGAUGCUUGGUGCAUGAAGAAAGUGUUUUGCCAAUUUUCAUCUCUAUAACUCUGUGCCGUGUUUGUUUAUUCCCAAUUUGAAAAUCGUGACAGAAGAAAAAGAACGAAGAAAAGGGGAAAGGGUUUCGAUUUCGGAAGAGGAAUAAUAAGGAGCUUCUGAAAGAGAGGGUUCAGUGUUCGAAAAUGAAGACGACGAAGGGCGGCAAGGUCAUGAACCCUACCGAUGCUUACCGAAAGGAGAUUCGGAAGAAAGAAUUGAAAAGGAAUAAGAAAGAAAGAAAGAAGGUGAGGGAGGUGGGGAUUUUGAAGAAAGAUCCUGAUCAAUUGAAGAAGCAGAUUGAGAACUUGGAAAUGAUGAAGGCUGAUGGUGCUUUGGAUAAAGCAAGAAAGCACAAGAAGAGACAGCUACAAGAUACACUUAAUCUUGUCAUAAAGAAGAGGAGGGAAUAUGAAGACAAAAUGCGGGAAAAGGGUGAGACCCCAGUUAUGUUCAGUCAUUUGGGGCCUCCUCGAAGGAGAACAACUGCAGAAGAAGAAGAGAGGGUUAAGCACCCGAAGCCUGAGGACUCUGUUUAUUAUCAUCCUACAUUAAACCCUACAGGGGCUCCACCACCAGGGAAACCUCCUAUGUUUAAAUCAUCUAUAGGACCCAGAAUUCCUUUGUCUGGUGCUGCAUCAUCCUCGGCAACAGAUUUGGAGAAUGAUGUAUUAACUGUACCACCACCUCCCCCGCCGCCACCACUGCCUGAUGGUAGCAGUGCGAGUUCAGCAGAUGGUGCCGUUUUAUCUGCAUCUUUGCCAUUGCCCCCUCCCCCUCCCAUGCCUCCAAAGCCUGCUACUGCUGUGCCUACAUCAUUACCACCACCUCCUUUGCCUCCUCCACCUCCUGGUCCCCCACCUAAAGAACAAGUUGCAAAUCGCACUCUUCCCCCUCCACCCCCGCCCCUACAACAGUCUCAACCUCCUCCACCUGGUACCAGUGGAGGUGAAGGGAGAAAUCAGUCUGCAUUUGCAUUGAUAGAUGAUUCACCUUCCAAGGAGCCUGGCCAGGUGCAGCUUCCUCCACCUCCUCCACCUAGUCAGGUGCCACCCAAGGCUGGUGCUAUCCAGUCUGAUGGUGCUGUGCUUUCUACUGAGAAUAAGAAUUCACUGUCAAGCCAGGAGAUCCCAAAAAUGGUUGCCGGGCAUCCUCCUCCAAGGCAACAACCCCCUGUUCCAGGACCCACCUUAAUCCCAAGUUUACAGCCUGAUGUAUUACUCCCUGGAAUAUCUCGUUUCCCUCCACCCCCGCCACCACCCGAUAUGAGACCUUCUUUGUCCGUCACAGGGCUACAUGCUCAGGCACCACCUCCUGGAAUGAUGGUCCCCCUAAUGCCAAGGCCACCAUAUGGUCCUCCACCUGGUCCUCCUCCAAUGAUGAGACCUCCACUUCCUCCUGGUCCUCCUCCAAACUUCCAGGAAGAGGAUCAUAUAGCAACUAGGCCACCUCCUCCUCCUCCGAAACCAUCAUAUGUUAAAUCUGCUGCUUCUACUGUUGUUAAAAGGCCAUUAGCUCAACACACUCCAGAACUAACAGCCAUGGUUCCUGCAUCUGUGCGAGUGAGAAGAGAAGCGGCAAUGUCUAAAACAAAGCCAAAACCGGCAGUGUCAACCUCUAGGGCAGUCUCUGGUACAUCUGGACCAACUAUUGUGAAAUCAGAGUCGGUGAGCUUGUCAUCAGCUCCAAAAACACAGAGCAUUGAUGACUCAUAUACGGCUUUCUUAGAAGACAUGAAAGCCCUUGGUGCACUUGAUGGUUGAGAUCGUUGUGAGUGCCGGUGCUGGAUGAUGGUGAGGGCGUGCACAAUGAAAUUUGCUUAGUUCAAAUAUCCUCUCUCGUGACCUCACUCAAUUUUUUAUUCUUGGUGAUCAAGUCUAAUCAUCAAGACCAUGUAUACUCUCUUUUGUGACUCCUCAUUCAUCUCCUUUAUCUCUCUAGUUUAAAUUAGUGCACUUUUAGUUGAUAAUAAUAUAUGCAUUGUUAACCAAUGGUGUGUUGAUACUUCAAUAAAAAAAAAAGUUACAUUCUA